UGAGAGCGAAGCAGAGGUUGCUCUGGGAGACGCGGGGAGAGCGGCCUAGCGGAGAGGCUGUGAUUCAAGAAGCGCGGGAUACAACUGGUGGGGGAUCAAGGACCUGGGUAUCCGGCUGAGAGUAUCACUUGAGUCCGAGGACCUGUGCGGGUGGGGCCUAGUGACCGGCCUUCUGCGGGGAAGCGGCCUGCAACCGAUCCCCGGGCUUCAGGGUGGGAGGAGGCCUGGGGUCCCAGGGCAUUAAAUCGUAUUUCAAAUUCAAAGGGCGACUAGCUACAUUGGGAGAUUGCAAGUGGACCCCUGCAGUCGGCUGUCUCUCUGCUAACUGCACUGGUGCAGUAUUGCAUUGGGGCCACUGGAUUUUACUGGGUAGCAUUUAACAGAGGUCCCCUGGAUCCUUUGCAUUGCAUUGCCUUCCAGUGCAUUGCAUUGAGAGCUUUUGCAUUGUACUGCAUUUGCAUUGCACUGGGAUCCUGUGCAUUGCCUUGAGGUCGGUCCUCUUGCAUUGUACUGCAUUUGCAUUGCACUGGGAUCCUGUGCAUUGCCUUGAGGUCGGUCCUCUUGCAUUGUACUGGAUUUGCACUGCACUGGGAUCCUGUGCAUUGCCUGGAGGUCGGUCCUCUUGCAUUGUACUGGAUUUGCAUCGCACUGGGAUCCUGUGCAUUUGCCUUGAGGUCGGUCCUCUUGCAUUGUACUGGGUUUGUAUUGCACUGGGGCCCUGUACAUUGUCAACUGCCCCCACCAACACACAGCACAUCCAAUUCCAUACACCCUAGAAGAAAUUAAAAAAAAUCAGUAGCAUUUCAAACAUUGCUCAAACAAAAAACUCGUGGAACUUUCAAGUUAAGAAUUUUGCCUUCGAGCUUAAAAUUCCCAUUAGCUGAGGAGAAGGGUUCUACAGCUAUACAAGGACUUUGAUUUGACGCUGUCUACCUAUCUGCCUCGAGGCCUUUGCUUGCUUGCUUGCUGGCCCUCGCCAGUUGUUCUGCCUGACGGGGUCUAGAGAAAGCAGAUUGGACCAUCAGAAUGACCUCUGCAUCUACUAAGGUGGGCGAGAUAUUUUCAGCGGCUGGUGCUGCCUUCACCAAGCUGGGAGAGUUGACCAUGCAGCUUCACCCGGUGGCGGAUUCCUCACCUGCUGGCGCCAAGUGGACAGACACAGAGAUUGAGAUGCUGCGCUCGGCUGUAAAGCGCUUCGGAGAGGAUUUAAACAAAAUCAGCACCGUCAUCAAAGACCGCACAGUAGCCCAGAUCAAGACCACGGUGAAGAGAAAGGUCUACGAGGACAGCAGCGUACCGCUCCCUUCAGAGUCCCCUAAGAAGGCGCAGAAGAAGAUGGCAGCCACUGGCGUCCCGGCAAACACUACGCCUCCCACGGCGACAGCGGGGGCUGGGACCACGGCCUCCGUAGACUCAACGGCGGCUAAGAAGCAGAAGACAUCUGACGUGACACUCAGUGCCCUGAAUGACUCCGAUGUCAACAGUGACCUGGUGGACAUUGAAGGCCUGGGAGAAGGUUCUCCAGCCAAGAAACUCAAUUUUGACCAGGUCUGAGCCUCGAUUCCAGUCUCAUCAUGAGCACCUCAGACAUCCCACUCCUGUCUCGCUGAAUUACUCCCCUCCCCACCUCCUCUCUGCUCCACCAGCCCCCUCACUCACUGAGGGGAAACCUCCCUCCUCCUGUCAGCCAGGAGGUCGGUCGGCAGCAUUCAGCCCAGUGCCAGCAACAACCAGAGCCGAGCUGACGAACUCCCACUGACGCUGUACAUCACUCAGUCCCAGGGAGCACCAUUGGUGACUGUUUGACCACUGUUCCAUUUGGCCAUUGCAAUGGGAUUUUAUUUUAGAGGUGUAUGCAUGGAUUUUUCAAUUAAAACAAGAACUACUCAC